UGGAUACACAUGUAUGUCUGCAUGUUCUCAUGUUAGAGGGUGGAGGUGAGGGAGGAUGACAGAAAGAGAGUGUGUGUAUAUGUGUGUGUGUGUGUGUGUGUGACUGCAAGUGAGGCUGGAGGAGAGACGACAGACCAAGAGGAGAGUGGACUCAGAGAGCAGCACAUUGUUCACACUCAAGACACUAAUCGGGGUUUACACCAAGGAAUAACAGAACGGAAACACAUUAGAGCAAGCCAGGCUAGUUCCCAGCAGGAUGGCAGCUUACAACUGUUCUUUUGAUUUAAUUAAUGAAAAAGGCGAGUGGCUUUGUUCUCCUGGAGGAAAGUGCGGCAAUGUGACUUCAGGCAUGAACGGCAGCCAAGUUGAACUGGAUGAUGCAUGUCUGACAGAGGAAGGGUACCUGGAAAAAUACCUGGGUCCUCGUCGAUCAUCUGUGUUCCUCCCCGUCUGCCUCAUUUACCUGAUCAUCUUCUUGGUUGGUGUCGUGGGGAAUGUGCUGACCUGCACCGUCAUUGCUCGCAACAAGGUCAUGUGGACGCCAACAAACUACUACUUGUUCAGCUUGGCAGCGUCAGACCUGCUGGUGCUGCUGCUCGGCAUGCCAUUAGAGCUGUACGAGCUGUGGCAAAACUACCCGUUUCUGCUGGGGAAGGGAGGCUGCUACUUUAAAACCUUCUUGUUUGAGACGGUCUGCCUAGCGUCCAUCCUCAACGUGACGGCACUCAGCGUGGAACGUUACAUCGCUGUAGUGCACCCACUUCGAGCAAAGUAUGUCGUGACACGCACCCACGCCAAGCGGGUCAUCCUCACGGUGUGGGGUGUUUCCGUGUUGUGCGCUGUUCCCAACACCAGUCUGCAUGGAAUCAUCAUCCUUCACAGUCACUUCACUGGCCCUGCAGGAGACAUAAACGUGGAGAUUCCCAACUCGGCCAUCUGCACACUGGUGAAGCCACGCUGGAUGUACAACCUGACCAUACAGGUGACCACGUUGCUGUUUUUCAUUCUGCCCAUGCUCACAAUCAGCGUUCUCUACCUGCUCAUCGGCCUGCAGCUGAAGCGGGAAAAGCUGCGCCAGGCGCUGGAGGCGAAAUCGGGCUUUGGCCAGGACAGCUUCUGUAACGUUCGGACACAGCAGCAGAAAGCACGUCGCCGGCAGGUCACUAAAAUGUUGUUUGUUCUAGUUGUGGUUUUUGGAAUCUGCUGGGCCCCGUUUCACACCGAUCGCCUCAUGUGGAGUUUCAUCAGCGACUGGACUGACAAUCACCUGGAAAUCUUCGAAUACGUGCACAUUAUCUCUGGAGUGUUUUUCUACCUCAGCUCAGCAGUCAACCCAAUCCUGUACAACCUCAUGUCCACGCGCUUUCGAGAAAUGUUCAAGGAGGUAAUGUGCCACCGGCCACAUCACAUCACUCCCAGGAAACACUCGCUCAGCGUCACCCGGGUGACACUUCGCAGCACUCUGAGUGAUGCGCCGCUCAGCAACGGAGCAGCUGUUGUUGAAGCCGAGGUGGAAGAUGGAGAGGUGAGAGUGAAAGAGGAGACCAGUUACUCAUGUUAACGCACAAAAAAACACCUUAAAGGGUAUGUCGAAGUGGAUGUAUUAUUGGCAGGGGCAGGAUGGCAUGGUGUUUACAAAAGCUGGCCUAUUCUGAGUCAGUGCAUCCAUCAGCAGUCAUCAACAUCCACUUGGUAAAGGUGCAUCAGCAAAAUACCUAAAGUGGAAGAGUUGCAGAAAAAAAGGCAAGAAAAACUGUUCUGCUGAGGCUGUCAGACUGCAGUUUAUUCUGUUUUUGAAAACUAAACUCACAGCUCAGCAAAUCCUAUACUCAAAAGGCACCUUUAGAAAAUGGGACUCCUGAAUACACUCAUCCAGUUAUAAAAUGAUCCAUGAAUGUAUCCAGAGUGACUGACAGCCAAUGUGUGAUGAAUGAAGUCAGUUCUGGUCUAGUUUUUGCUAACCAUUUUUGUUCCACUUGGGAAAACACUGUAUGUUAAAAUUAUGCAGUUUGCAAAAAUCCUGCUAUUCACAAAUUAAAAUUAACUGUGUGGGUCAGUGAAAGCAAAAGUUGUUUCAAGUCAAAACUUAGUUUGUCAUUCAGAGUGAAAAUAUGUACAACAUAAUGACAGAGUCUUAGCAAAAUGCUUUGAGUGAGUAAUAUGAGCCGCAUAAUUACAUAACUGAAAAUACAAUGUAAAUACAUAUCAAAAUAUUACACAUCUGAACUCAAUGUGAAAAGAAAAACAUGAAUAGCAGAGUGGAUACUGGAUGACGUCAAAGUGAAUGUUCUAUUUUAAUCAUGACAUUUUGUGUACGAGGAUAAUUACACUAUAUGUAAAGUAACUAUUUUUAAAUGUAAAAAUUGCUUUGUUCAAAAAUGUGUAUAUUGACCACUUACAUUGGUGUUGUGCUCAAUUGCUUAACACUUUUGUACAGUUCAGCAGUUUUAAAGUGUUUUGUAUUUGGUGCAAAGCUAGGAAAAUGUGUCCAGUUUAAAUGAACAGUUAAGUGGAUUUCUUUCGCUGUAAUUGUUACUGUUUACUUUAAAAGAUAAAUUAAAUAAUUUUUCCAGUGUCAGUGUGUAAAUUGCAUUGAGAUUUUUUAUCCUGCUGGAAAUAUUGCUUUCAGAAGCUCCACGUUAUGUUCAAGAGGAACAUACUGAAAAAUGUCAUAAGCAGUAACAAGUGUGUUCUGUUAGUGUCUUACAGUUUGGUCAAACAUUAUUUACACUCUAACAAGACCAAAUGUUGAAAGCUCACAAAAGUGCCGUAGAGGUGUUUCUGUUAAUAGAAAAAGAGGGGGGGUAAUUUCCUUAUCAGAUUGUAAAUUUCAUCACGUAACUACAGACCUUCUGCGGAAUGGAAGAAACUUAACAUUCUUGGAUUACGAACUACAAGCAAUUCAGAAGGGCUUGUACUACUAAAUGUAGAGUUUUUUGAAAUGAUAAAGGUAGUGUCUACAGAUACGGACCCGUACCCGUAGCCUGUGGGCUACGGAUACGGCACUUUCCAUUUGCCGGACAGAUACGGACCCGUACGCGAGUCUCGCGAGUCAAGAAGCUGCUAACCACUGCAAACUGUUGAAAGGUAAGCAAAGGUUAAGUUUAGGGUUAGUGUUAGGGUCAGGUUUAGGGUCCGUACCUGUAGUACCGAUGCCAGCGUCUACCGGGAGCCACGUGACAAGAUCUUGCGUAUCUGAUUGGCAAAUGAAAGUGCCGUAUCCGUAGUCCACAGACUACGGGUACAGGUCCGUAUCUCUAGCAACAACCAAUGAUAAAAGUGGCAACCAACUGAAAUAAUGAAAAUAAUCAACUUGCAUGGAUGCAGAUAGAAAAUAAACCUGCUGCCCCUUGAGGCCAUAAGAGGUAUUGUUACAGAGAAAUGUGCCAAGAACUAGCAGCAGCUCAUCUUGCAGCAUUUCACAGACAUGGAUAAAAUGAGAUGAGCUGUUACACACUAUGUGUCUUAGUAUAAGCAAGAAAUGGAACUGAUUUUGUCUUUGGAAAGCAACAAGGAUUUCUGGAUGCAUCCACAACUAAGGGGCUGCAUGAAGAGUCUGGUGGUUGCAUUAUAUAUAAACAAACUGUUUUCCUGUCUACAGUAUAUACGGUAUCUGCGAAAAAUGGAAAUGAAAAUAUGUGAAAGACAUCUGAACUCAAACAUAGUGGUGGAUACACAUAAAAAUAUAUAUUUAUUAGGGCUGUCAAAAUGAACGUGUUAACGCAGAUUAAUCCAUCACCAUGAUUAAUCUAAUUAAAAAUUGCAACACAAUUAAAAUAAUAAAAAAUGAUCAUCAUCGGCCAGAAUUUUGACGUGUAAUCGUUGAUAUAUUCUUAAUUUUUCACAAAACAGUAAAUGCUAUUAUAUCGCCCAGAAUGAUGUCUUUGCUCCGUUUAAGCUACAGCCAGGCAACAUUACAGGUGUCUGCUGCACCAACAGGUAAAUUUAAAACAACGUUGUGGAAUUAACAAUGACUGAACAUGUCUCUUGUUUCAGUUAAGAGAAAAAGUUAAAGUUUAAAUGAUUAACAUUACUGUCUGUCUUCAGCAACCGUCAUGAUGUCACUCUUAGUUUUACUUUGUCAAAAAAUACUAGAACGUGACUCAGGCUGUAACAGCAACUCACUGUGUGUGUUGUUAUGGAGUGACAUUAAUGUUGGAAUAUUUGUGAUCUUUAUAUAUUUUAUAUACAACUGUCAAAGAUGACAUGUUCUGACAUCUGAGAAAGGUGUAUCUCGUUUUUAUUUUGGUUCAUGUGAGUCCUGUUAAAGGUCAUCAGAGAGCUGCAGAAAUACUGUUUUAAAGUAACUUCACUCAUUGUGUUGCUUAUAUACAGCAUAUAUAUAUAUAUAUAUAUAUAUAUAUAUAUAUAUAUAUAACCUACCUCUAAAUUACUAAAUUACUUCUAACAAGAAGUACAAGACAAGAUGUAUUUCAUAACUCAUUUAUAGACUGGCUCUUUUAUUUAAGGUUAUAUAAUUUUCCAGAGGUUUAAUGCUUUGUUGCAUGUUUUUGUACUUGAAAAUUCCUCUCUGUUGUAAAGUUAAACAAAUACUAAAGGACAAAGUAUUGUAAAACACUUCAAUGUUCUGCCUGUAAUUCAUACUUUUGUUGUUAUAAGUGUAAAGGGCCCAAAAAAGAAAACAUUUUAUUUGUUCUAUAUAUUUUUAAACUAAUUGGCCAAUUAAUCAAUUAUCAGAAUUUUUUCUGCCAAAUAUUGAAAUCGAUAUCGGAAUCAAAAAAUACUUAUCGGUUUGGCCCUACUAAAAAGCACAUUGGCCCUCUCUAUGGGAAAUUUUAAUAUAAAAACCCCCGUGACGGAACAGUCGACCAACAUGCAGUAAUAUGCACACUCACAGAAGCACUUCCAGCUGAAAGUACCACAUUAACACGAAGCGUGUGUUAGUCAGAGAUUCUAACAUGAACCUUUUAUAGGUGUUUAAUAAACACCCUAAGUGUAAAGUAUAUUCUUCUUUCUUGAGUCUCUUUGUGCAUGCAAAAUGAAACGCUAUUAAUUUAGACUAAAAAUGAAUUCUGUUUAAUCGUGAUUAAUUAAUGCACAGCAACCCUCUGAUUAAUUUGAUUAAAAAUUUUUAUCGUUUGGUAGCACUAAUAUUUAUACUAUAUGUGUGUAAUGUAUGUAUGUAUGGGCAGCUGUCGGGUGGCCAAAUUCACACACUGAAAAAUCAUCUUGAGGUAUAAUUAAGCACCAGCUAACUUCAAAAAACAGGACCCGUGAAUGACAAUUACUUUCAUCUAUUUGAUUUUUUUGGAUUAGCACUGGCAGGCUUUCCUUGUUGCUUCACUGAUUGUUCUAUCACUGGAAACGCCAGAAACCACCACAGAUUGCUGACUGCACUAAAUUCACAACAGGCAGUGCUUCUAUAGAAUCUCUAAUGGCAAUUGUUUUGUUUUUGAUGUACAUAAAGGAAGGAGCCUAAUGGGAGGUCAAUAUUGCUACAUUUUGGUUUUCUGUUUGAUACAAGAUACCCUCUUGCUCUCAUUUUUAUUCUUCAUUCGUCUCCACAAUGAAGGUUUUUUUAAAACUGUAUUUAUCACUAAUUCCCUUUACCCUUAUCUGUUUUGUCUUCUUCUGUGUGCUAUGAUUUAUCUCUUAUUGAUAUACUGUAAUAAGUGGUUUUGUGUUCUAUUGUGUUUUGCAGAUAUUGAAGAAAGUGAAUAAAAAGAUUCAGUAACAAAAAUAAAGAAAUGUUGACGAUG